UUCGUCUGCUUCCGCCUGGAACUUCCUUUCUGGCAGCGGAUUAAUCUUCGCCAACAUGCCACUCGCAAAAGACUUGCUGCACCCAACCCCUGAAGAAGAGAGGAGGAGGCACAAGAAGAAGCGUCUCGUACAGAGCCCCAACUCUUAUUUCAUGGAUGUCAAAUGUCCAGGAUGUUAUAAGAUCACAACGGUGUUCAGCCACGCACAGACAGUGGUGCUUUGUGUUGGUUGCUCGACUGUGCUGUGUCAGCCCACCGGAGGCAAGGCUCGGCUCACAGAAGGGUGUUCCUUCAGAAGGAAGCAGCAUUAAGAUGUAUUCUGGACGCUUCCGUGGAGAGAGCGAGAAAGAGAGAGCGAGGGAGGAGACGGACCAGAUUCAGUCACAGCAGCUGAUUCUUAUAAAGUGAAGAUGGGGAAAUGGCUCUGAAGAACUGAUUUAAAACACCCUCCAACCCUGUGUCUCUGUUUCUCUUUCUCACUCUUAAUAAAAUGUUUGGGCUGA